UAAUAUCUGGCCCAAGUUGUUGGAAGUCGGAGUUUACGCCCAGUCAGUGAAGGCAUCACUAGACCAUUUCCUCUCACCUACUGUCAACUCCAAAGAGGAAAAUGCUCCAAACUUCUGUGUAGACAACAACGCUGUGUUUCACGGGCGUUCACAGGUCAGAUCUAUGUCUACUGCAGAUGCAUCUCUUUUUACAUAAGUUUUGUCCAAUAUAGAAAAAAAGCUGUCGCUGUCCUCCUAUUUUAAUUAACUUAUAACUGGGGAAAUUAUACAACAAAACCAAGCAUGUUUCACCUAAUUAAGAAAGACAAGGACAAAGACAAGGAGAAGGAGCUGGGCAAGAAGGAGAAGAAGGAGAAAAAGGAGAAGAAGGAGCGCAUGUCCCAGGCGGAGUUGAAGAGUCUGGAGGAGAUGAGCAUCCGCCGAGGACUGUUCUCCAUCAACCGAGGAAGCUCCAAGAGGGAAUCCAGGAGCAAGUUGGAGAUCUCCAGUCCCAUUCCCAUCAAGGUGCCCAGUAACACUGAACUCUCCCUGACGAACCUGGACGACAAGCGCCUCCGGGGGAAAGACGCCGGGCCGGCGAACGCCAGCGCCUCCGGCGACGACGCGGCCGACGGCGAACUGGACCAUCACCGCAGCUCGGUGAAGGAGAGGGCGGCCAGGUUCGGGGAACUGGCCAAGUUGAACUCGCUGGUCGGCCAGAAGCACGCGUCUGUCACCCAGCGGGGCCGGGAGGACAGCGUUUCGGGGCCUAAAGAUGCUGACGAGGGCUCGGCCCCGUCCCGCCCGGACCCGGAGAGCGCCGGCGCGCUUCACGUCCCUGAGAUGGUGGAGAAGACCUUCCCCGGCGCCGACCUGCAGCUGCCGGCGCUGGUCGCCCCCUCCAUCCCGGCGCCCAGAGAGCUGGAGCUGCAGCGGCGCAACACGGGCGACUUUGGCUUCUCGCUGCGUCGGACGACGCUCCUGGACAGGCGGCCCGACGGCGGCGUGUGCCGGCGCGUGGUGCACUUUGCCGAGCCGGGGGCCGGGGCCAAGGACCGCGCCCUGGGCCUGUUGCCCGGCGACCGGCUGGUGGAGAUAAACGGCGUCAACGUGGAGAGCAAGAGCCGGGACCAGAUCGUGGAGAUGAUCCGUCAGUCCGGGGAGGCGGUGCGGCUGAAGGUGCAGCCGAUCCUGGAGCUGAGCGAGCUGAACCGCAGCUGGCUGAGGACCAGCGAGGGCCUGCACCGAGACCCCCUUGACGUAAAGGAGGCGUCUUGUCCCCCUGUGGCCUCCAAUGGUAAACCCUCCCCAGGUUCACUGUCCCAGGCUGCAGCCAAAGAACAGGCCCCGGGUCUGGCCCCCACUGAGGAGGAUUACAAGCGUGUGAGGAAGAUCUUCACUAUCAGUAGCAAUGACUCCCCGCUCGCCGAGGACCCGGUGGCCCUUCUCCAGGCAGCGCACUCCGCUGCAGCUAAGGGGAAGACCGAGGAGCAGAUAACGGCCGAGAAAGCCUGGUAUAACACAGAGAAAGUAUGGCUUGUCCACAAAGAUGGAUUUUCUUUGGCGACUCUCCUGAAGACGGAGGCGGGCAGCCUGCCGGAGGGGAAGGUGAAAAUCCGCCUGGAGAGCGACGGCUCCUUGCUGGAUGUGGAUGAAGACGACGUUGAGAAGGCAAACCCUCCGGAGUUCGACCGAGCCGAGGACCUGGCGUCCCUGCAGUAUUUGAACGAGUCCAGCGUGAUGCACUCCCUCCGGCAGCGCUACGGCGGCAACCUGGUGCACACGCACGCUGGGCCCAACAUGGUGGUCGUUAACCCCAUUAGUGCCCCCUCCAUGUACUCUGAGAAGGUGAUGCAGAUGUUUAAGGGCUGCCGACGAGAAGACACGGGCCCUCACAUUUACAGCAUGGCCCAGGCUGCGUACAGGAACCUGCUGACCACGCGCCAGGACCAGUCCAUCGUCCUGUUGGGCAAGAGUGGCAGCGGCAAGACCACCAACUGCCAGCACAUCAUCCAGUACCUCAUUACCAUCGCCGGCAGCACCAACAAAUCCUUCUCUACGGAGAAGUGGCAGGCGGUCUACAGCGUGUUGGAGGCGUUUGGGAACGCGUCGACCUGCAUGAACGGGAACGCCAGCCGCUUCUCCCAUAUUGUGUCCUUGGACUUUGACCAGUCGGGCCUGGUGACCUCAGCCUCUAUCCAGACCAUGCUGCUGGAGAAAAUGAGGGUGACUAGGAGACCGGAGGGGGAGUCCACUUUUAAUGUUUUCUACUACCUGAUGGCUGGCGCAGAUAGUGCUCUAAGGACCGAGCUGCACCUCAAUCACUUUGCUGAAAACAAUGCAUUUGGAAUCAUGCCUCAGACUAAGACGGAAGACAAGCAGCGGGCCUCCCAGCAGCUUUCCAAGCUGCAGGCUGCCAUGAAGGUUCUGGGCAUCAGCGGCGACGAGCAGAGGGCCUUCUGGCUCAUCCUUGGGGCCAUCUACCAUCUUGGGGCUGCGGGAGCCACCAAAGCUGGCAGGAAACAAUUUGCGCGUCAUGAAUGGGCCCAGAAGGCGGCGUACCUGCUGGGCUGCACCCUGGAGGAGCUCUCCUCCUCCAUCUUCAAGCACCAGGCCAAGGGCACCCUGCCCAGAGCCGGCACCAUCCGCCCGGCUUCGGAGGAAAAUGGCACAGCAGAUGCAGGAUCCAAAGCUACAGCCACGGAGUGUUUAGAGGCCAUGGCGUGUGGGCUCUACUGCGAACUCUUCACCAUUCUCAUAUCUUUAAUAAACCGGGCUUUGAAGUCCAGCCAGCACUCCCUGUGCUCCCUGCUCAUUGUGGACACGCCGGGCUUUCAGAACCCCAGGCUGGCCAAGCACGAGUGCGGGGCCACGUUCGAGGACCUCUGCCACAACUACACCCAGGAGCGCCUGCAGACCCUCUUCUACCAGCGCACCUUCAUCCAGGAGCUGGAGCGAUACAGAGACGAGAACAUAGAGGUGGCUCUGGAAGACGCGGAGACGAGCACCUCCCUGUCUGUGGCGGUGGUGGACCAGGCCUCGAGCCAAGCGCUGGUGCGGACGGUCCGAACGGACGAGGCCCGGGGCCUGCUGUGGCUGAUAGAGGAGGAGGCGGUGCAGCCCGAGGGAUCGGAGGCAACGCUGCUGCAGCGUCUCUUCAGCUACUACGGGCCCGCGGAGGGCGAGAGCAAAGGUCACACAUUCCUGUUGAAGGGCGAGAAGGAGAGUCAUUUCCUGCUGGGCCACAGUCAUGGGACUGAUUGGGUGGAGUACGAUGCCCAUGGGUGGCUCAACUAUGCCAAGCAGAAUCCCGCCUUUGCCAAUGCUACAAGCCUCUUGCAGGACUCCCAGAAGAAGAUCAUCAGCUCGUUGUGCAUGGGCCGAGCGGCCGGAGCCACCGUUCUGUCCGGCUCCAUCGCGGGCCUUGAAGGUGGUUCUCAGCUGUCUUUACGACGUGCCACCAGCAUGAGGAAGACCUUUACCACAGGGGUAGCAGCUAUGAAGAAGAAGUCCCUGUGCAUCCAGAUAAAGCUGCAAGUGGAUGCUCUUCUCGACAUGGUGAGGAGGUCCAGGAUUCACUUUGUUCACUGCAUAUUGCCUAAGGCAGAUGCCCUCAAGGCCCUGAGUGGAUCCCUGUUCAAAGGAGGCGAAUGUGAGGCUCAGGGGGACGCUGCAGAUCCCGGAUUAAUGCAACUAGAUGUAGCCCUGCUCCGUGCUCAGCUGCGCGGCUGCAAGCUGCUCGACGCGCUCCGGAUCUACAGGCAGGGCUACCCCGAUCACAUGGUGUUCUCCGAGUUCCGCCGGCGCUUUGAUGUACUGGCGCCGCACCUCACCAAAAAGCACGGGAGGAAUUACAUCGUGAAGGAUGAGAAGAGAGCUGUGGAGGAGCUCCUGGAGUCUUUGGAUUUGGAGAAAAGCAGCUACCACAUGGGUCUGAGCAGGUUGUUCUUCAGAGCCGGCACCUUGGCUAAACUGGAGGAACAGAGGGAUGAGCAGACCAAGCGUAAUCUAGUCCUGUUCCAAGCUGCCUGCAGAGGGUACCUCGCUCGGCAGGCCUUUAAGAAGCGAAAGAUUCAGGACCUGGCGAUUCGUUGCAUCCAGAAAAACAUAACCAAGAACCGUGGCGUGAAGGACUGGCCGUGGUGGAAGCUGUUCACCACAGUCCAGCCUCUCAUUAAGGUCCAACUCACCGAGGACCAGAUGCGAAGCAAAGACGAGGAGAUACAGCUGCAGAAAUCGAAGCUCGAGAGGGUGGAGAAGGAGCGAAAUGAGCUGAGACUGAACACGGAUCGAUUGGAGAGCAGGAUUGCAGAGUUGUUAGCAGAGCUGGCUGAUGAGAGAAGCACAAGUGAGUCAGCAUCCCAGUUAUUGGAGACCGAGACUGCAGAGAGACUUCGCCUGGAGAAGGACAUGAAGGAUCUGCAGGACAAAUUUGAUGCCCUGAGGAAACAAUUUGAAGCUCAGGAGAUGGAGGUGAUGGAAGCGCGGCUCAUGAAAACCUCCGAGCUCAACGGGGAGAUGGAUGAUGAUGAUGAUGCUGGAGGCGAGUGGCGCAUAAAAUACAACCGAGCCAUUCGUGAAAUGGACUUCACCAAGAAGAAGCUCCAGCAGGAGUUCGACGACAAGCUGGAGACCGAGCAGCAGAGCAAAAGACAAGUUGAGAGAAAGCUGGCUGAUUUGCAGACGGAUAAUGAGGAUGUGCAGCGCACUGUGCAGCAGCUGAAGAAGAAGUGCCAGAAGCUGACGGCGGAGCUGCAGGACACCAAGCUUCACCUGGAGGGGCUGCAGAGCCGCAACCACGAUCUGGAGAAGAAACAGAGGAAGUUUGACCUGGAGCAGAACGAGGCUCAGACUGAGGUACAAAGAGAAAAGAGCCAGAGGGAGAAACUGGCUCGAGAAAAAGACAUAAUGACUGCUGAGAUAUUUAACCUCCGCCAGCAGCUGCAGGACAAGGAGAACGAAUUGUGCGCCGCGAACGUGAAGGUGCAGCAGCUGGAGGCCGAGCUGCAGGACCUGUCCUCGCAGGAGUCCAAGGACGAAGCCUCCCUCGCCAAGGUCAAGAAGCAGCUCCGCGAUCUGGAGGACAAGGUGAAAGACCAGGAGGAGGAACUGGACGAGCAGGCGGGAAGCAUCCAGAUGCUGGAGCAGGCUAAGCUGCGGCUGGAGAUGGAGAUGGAGAGGCAGCGGCAGACCCACUCGAAAGAUAUCGAGAGUAAGGAUGAAGAGGUGGAGGAGAUCAGACGGUCCUGCAGCAAGAAGCUGAAACAGAUGGAGGUGCAGCUGGAGGAGGAGUAUGAAGACAAGCAGAAAGUGCUGCGCGAGAAGAGAGAGCUGGAGAGCAAACUGCUAAAUGCACAGGACAAGGUGAACCAGAGGGACGUGGAGACUGAGAAGAGGCUCAAGAAAGACCUGAAGAGAACCAAAGUCCUCCUGGCUGAUGCACAGAUUAUGCUGGACCACCUGAAAAGCAACGCCCCCAGCAAGAGGGAGAUCGCUCAGCUCAAAAAUCAACUGGAGGAGUCAGAGUUCACCUGUGCUGCUGCGGUGAAGGCGCGAAAGGGCAUGGAGAUUGAAAUCGAGGACAUGCACAUCCAAAUGGAGGACGUGGUCAAAAACAAGGCGUCGCUGGAGGAGCAGGUCAGCCGUCUGCAGAGGGAGAAGAACGACCUGCAGUCGCGCAUGGAGGAGGACCAGGAGGACAUGAACGAGCUGCUGAAGAAACACAAGGCUGCGGUUGCUCAGUCUGCCAGGGACCUGAGCCAGAUCAGUGACCUGCAGGCCCAGCUGGAAGAGGCCACAAAAGAGAAGCAGGAGAUCCAAGAAAAGCUUCAUUCGCUGCAGAGUCAGCUCGACUUCCAAGAACAGUCAAUGGUGGAAAAGUCUCUUGUGAGCCGUCAGGAGGCCAAGAUCCGUGAGCUGGAGACCAAGCUGGAGUUCGAGAGGACGCAGAUCAAACGCUUGGAGAGCCUGGUGAGCCGUCUGAAGGAGAACCUGGAGAAGAUGACCGAGGAGAAGAACCAGCGCAUCGCCGCCGAGAACCGGGAGAAGGACCAGAACAAGCGCAUGCAGCGGCAGACGCGCGACAUGAAAGAGGAGAUGGCGGAGCUGGCGAAGAGGGAGGCGGAGGCGAGCCGCAAGAGGCACGAGCUGGAAAUGGACAUCGAGAGCCUGGAGGCGGCCAACCAGAGCCUGCAGGUGGACCUGAAGCUGGCCUUCAAGAGGAUCGGCGACCUGCAAGCCGCCAUCGAGGACGAGAUGGAGAGCGACGACAACGACGACCUGAUCAACAGUUUGCAAGACAUGGUGACAAAAUAUCAGAAACGCAAGAACAAAACCGGCGACGAGAACGACACCGACUCGGAGGUGGAGGACCGCGUGGACGGCGUCAAGUCCUGGCUCUCCAAGAACAAGGGCUCUGCCAAGGCGGCGUCGGACGAGGGGAGCCUGAAGAGCAGCAGCCCUCCUGUGGCACGGAGACGCCCGAGUCGCGGCCGCUCCGACGAGGACGACGAGGCGGAGGGAGACGCCAACAAGCGUGCGCCGCGGCUGAGCGACAGCGCGCUGGGAGAGGGCGCGUCUUAACCCCGACUCGGGUCACCUCGCGCUUCGGGUGACAACGGACACACAGGAGGGACACGGUUACUUCCCCGCGUCCUUACUCCGGCUUUGCAGCCGGGCCGAGGGAGGCCGGCCGCAUCCAGAGGCAAGGGCAGGGAAAAGGCACCGCGCAGCGCUUCCACCCUGCUUUUAUUCCGUUUUACAGCAGAGACGCCCACAUCAUGGACUCAUGCCUCCUCUGCGACUGACGUGUGCUUUUCUCCUUCAUUUAACGCCGCGCUUUCAAUAAGGUAGUUAAUACAGAGCAGUAAAGUUGAGCACUAUCACACGAACUUCUGUCACCACUUAAUUUAUAAGAGCUGCUUUUCAGGCAAAUUGAAGCACUCCUCUGUGCUCUCCUCAGACUAUUCCGAUAGCUGUGCCAGGAGGAUUUAGAUAAGCCCUCUCUGGCUGGACUUCUUCAAAACGCUCUGACCAACUAUUAAGACCGUUCUUAUCUCCCUCGCCAUUAAUGUGGAUGAGCGCCGAGGGAGGAAUUAACCCCUUCUCAAUUAAUUAUCUCGCAGUAAGUUUACUUGUAGCUCUUGUUCCAAGUUGAGAUAUCCAUCAUUCGAACAAAGUGAUGCUAAAUCAUGAUUGCUGGCAUGAAGACUGAACAGAGCUGGUGGGUGCUUCAAGACGAACCACUUUAUAUGUUUGAAAUCUUUGAAGACUGGAUUACAGCAAUAAUUUCAACUAAACAUGUGUAUGUAUAGGUCGAUAGACAGAUAUUUGUGGAAUUAAAGCCUUUACAUGAACAUUAUAUUCAAAGGAAAUGAUUUUCUAAAGCUAGAGCUAUUUUAAGACCAUGUUUAGCCUGUACUCUGACAUAUUACUCUGCUUGUGUUGUGGCUCUGACAUGUUUUUGUCCACUUAUAUACAUUUAUAUGCUAAUUUAUCACACAUUUCUCCAAAGUCUGAUAUCCUGGAGUUUAAAGGGAACGCGUGUGUGCUGUUAUAAAGAAGCUUUCUAUAGAACUUGCAGAUGAAGAGACGUGUGGUGUUAUUUGUCAGGUAGAGGCAGAAACGGCAGUAAAAACCAAAACUCUUGCACAAGUCCUGCAGAAUGUCGCCGCACGCUUGUGAUAAUGAUGGCGGCUCCCUGCUAAAGGUGUAAAGCAGAUUGUCAUGCGAGGCGUCUAUUCGCCUCUCCUGUCGUCGUCCAAGCAGCAAUACAGCGAUGCGAUCUCCAAGGUGCCAAAAGCAACGCAACACUAAGCGAAGAGCGGCUGCGGGAGGGUUUCUACACAUUCCUCCCAGCAGCCACAUGCACGGGACAAACAUAGGUGGACAAUCAGCUUAUUCCUGCCCAGACCCAGACACACUAUAAAUGUCUCCACCUCUAUAUUUAAUCCCACAAAAUGAUGAUGGCAUCCGUGGAUGAUUGCGACCUCAGCCAGCUUUAACUCUGUUUAAACAGCGUCUCAGAAUAUGGCAGCAUAUACAUAUGUGCACGUGCACUGUCUGCUCUAGUGCAAAGACAACAUUCAAGUGUCUCGCUUGCUAUUUGCAUAUUUUCUCAGAAGAGGCUAAUCUGCAUUUCUUGUCUUAUUCUCUCUCCCUCUCUCUUUUUUUUUUUUUUACUUCACACAUGAAUAUUAAUGCGCAACACGGCAAACUUUGAUGUCAGAAGCGACUUGUUAAAUGAAAACAGUAUUGUAAGUUUCAUUGGCUCUGAGCUGGAGUUGCUGGCAUUACACGCAACGCUUCAGAAGUUGGUUCACUUCGUCACAUCUUCUGAAAGCACUUGUCUGUGUUCAUCAUGGAACAGAUCACCAUUUGUAAAAUGAAUGUGUGUGUGUGUGUGUUUUUCCUUUUCUGUAAAUAAAUUCAGCCGUUUGUUUACAGAAUCGA